AUGCACAAGGUGCAGCCAGUGCUGGUGAACCCACACGAGAUGGUCAUGCCUGCCUUCGGCCGCCUCAUCAGGUUCUCAGUGCCCAAGGACCCCCCUCAACGCCUCGUGGGGGCGGACGGGGUGCGUUCCUAUGUGCGCAACCUGUUGGUUGCACGCACGUGGGAUUUCCCCAUACACACGGACCGUGUGUAUCACGACUGGACUGUUGUCAGCAUACCCGUGCCGCCCGCCCUCACACCCACCUCUCUCUUCUUCACUGCGAAGGUCACCAACACAAAAAACAUCGGGGCGGUGGCAAUGCCGCAAGUGGGCGGCGAGAUGUGUCUGGUGUGGGGGUGGAAGUCCACCGACCCGCCUCUAGACUGGCUCUCCCUCGCCUCCCCGGCUGCUGCCAAACAAUACCUCGAUGAGAGAUUGCCCUGGCUGGAUGUCCCUGAGGAAGCUGCCUGGAAGCUGCUGAAGCAGAAGCCAAGGACGAGCAUGCAGGUGAAGUGCUGGCGCUACCAUGACAGUGACGCCCAGGUGGCCCUGAUAGGCGAUGCAGCGCACUCCACGCUGCCCUCUCUAGGCCUGGGCUGCAACGCCUCCAUCACGGACGCGCUCGUGCUGGGCAGGUUGCUGCUGGGGGAGGCGGUAUCUGAGAACGACAGGGUCCCCCGCCCCCUGGGCAAGGAUGGCGCUGCUGCUGCUGCUGCUGGUGGGGAUGGAGGGGCAAGCAUAGAUGUACCAGAGGUUGAGGAGUUGAGGGCAGGCCUUGCAGCCACUCUCUCCCGUUAUUCCGCUCUCCAGGUCCGUGCCCUCAGUUGUCACAUGGGUUUUCAUUCACUCUAUGCACUCCCCUCCCUGCUGGUCAUUGUUUUCAAUGAGUCAAGAGCCUGA